UACCACUUGUAAAAUGUUUCAAAUGCUGACAUGGUCAAGACUCAUUGCGAACAGCAAACCGUGUUUAGCAAAACUUGUAAAGCCUUGCACUUACACACAUACCGAAGCAAGCCAAAAUGUAACUAGAGCUUAUAUUGCUCCAGUGACCCCGAAGGAAGCUUUUGGUGACGUGGCUACCAAGGACUUGUUGCGUGGUUUGGUAGCCUUAUCUUUAGCUAGAACCCCUGGUGUUGCAACAUAUGGUGGAAAGUUUCUAGAUGCUAUUCAUCGUUCUGGUCCUCGCUUUUUCAAAGAUAUAGUGGACAGUGUUGUAAGGCGCACUGUUUUUGCUCACUUCUGUGCGGGUGAGUCACUUGACGAGUGUACAAAGAAUACGGAACAUCUCCGUCGUUUGGGUGUAAAGUGCUUGUUUGACUACGCAGCUGAACGCGCUCCAGGAACAGUUCUUUCCGAGGAAGAUUUGAAAAUGGAAGAAGCUGCCAAGGAAUAUGCCGCGGAGCUUGAAAUUGAAACCAUUCGUCGCGCUUGUCAACUAGGAAAAGGAGAUUUUGCUUGUAUUAAGAUAACUGCCCUGGCCGUUAUAGAACAUCUUGAGAAGUUAAACGAUAUGAUUGUUCAAGAUUGGAAGAAAAGUGUAGACAAAGACGCAUCUAUUUACGGAUAUUCAAUCGAUCCUGAGCUUUCCUUUGAUUUUGAAAAUCUUGAAAAGUUCAAGGCCAAAUUCAGCUCGGAAGAACUAAGAAUAUUGAGGAAUGAUGUGUUCCGUAUUCAAAGACUUUGUGCAUUGGCUGCAGAAUCUCGAGUUCCUAUGCUAAUCGAUGCUGAACAUUAUUGUUUACAGGAUGCUAUUGAAUAUAUCUCGAUGGGAAUGCAGAAACGUUAUAACACGUCUCAUGAGAGCUUUAUUUUUACUACCAUUCAAUGUUAUUUGAGAGAUUCUGAAAGAAGAGAGAAGCUGGCCUCUUUUCUUGCCGAACGAUUUGGUUUUCGUCUUGGCCUAAAGUUAGUGCGUGGCGCUUAUCUACAUUAUGAAAGAGAACAUGCUUCGCAGAGGAAUCUAGAAUCUCCCGUUUGGGGUUCGAUUUCAGAGACACAUUCUUCAUACAACACUAUUGCUGAGAAAGAGAUUGCUAAAGUUUCACAAGAGAAAACAUCGCUUAUUUUAGCAACACAUAAUAUAGAGUCUAUACGUAAUGCUAUUAAGACUAUGGAACAGCUGAAUAUGAGACACGACAAUGAACACUUUCAUUUUGGUCAACUGUACGCGAUGGCAGAUGCGACGACGGCAUCAUUGCGGAAAGCAGGUUUUCAAGUUGUGAAAUAUAUUCCUUUUGGACCUCUUGAGGAAGUCAUUCCUUAUUUGUCUAGAAGACUUCAAGAAAACCAAGAUAUUCUUGGAUCCACUUCUGUCGACAUGAACUUUUUCUACAAAGAAUUGGUAAGGAGAUUAAUCCGGAAAUAAACUUCCCUCACCUUAAAUGAUUAUGGGUGCAGUAUGUUCUGAAACAGAAUCUUGGAUGUGAAAUUUUAU